AUGAGCGGUGUUCGCCGCCACCUCGGAUUCCUGCUCCUGGCCGAAGCGGUGCUGUGUGCUGCCACCACACGGUUUCAAGACGUGCUGAGCCAUGGAAGGACUUCUCCUGUCGCAUCCUACAAGAAGCUACAAGGCUGGUCUAGUGAUCAAAAUAAAUGGAACGAAAAGCUUUAUCCUUUCUGGGAAGAAGGAGAUCCCAGAUGGAAGGACUGCUGGAAAGGCGGAAGGGUGACAGCCAAAUUGGACACUGAUAGCCCAGCUCUGGUAGGAUCCAAUGUGACCUUUGUUGUGACUCUCCAGUUUCCCAAGUGCCAGAAAGAAGAUAAUGAUGGCAACAUAGUAUACGAGAGAAACUGUACCCAGGCUUCCCAGGACCAGCAAGUCUAUGUCUACAACUGGACUGAGUGGAUCGACAACUGUGGCUGGGAAAACUGCACAAGCAACCACAGCCAUCAUGUAUUCCCAGAUGGGAGACCUUUCCCUCAUUAUCCUGGCUGGAGGAGAAGGAACUUUGUCUACGUGUUUCACACGUUUGGUCAGUACUACCAAACAACUGGACGAUCUUCAGCAACGUUUUCAGUCAACACAGCAAAUAUCACUCUUGGCAAACACGUGAUGGAGGUAUCCAUUUACAGGAGAGGGCACUCAGCAUACAUUCCCAUUGCAAGAGCAAGUGCCAUUUAUGUUGUAACAGACAAAAUUCCAAUAUUUGUGAGUAUGUUCCAAAAACAUGACCGCAACAUCUCAGACUCCAUUUUUAUCAAAGACUCACCAAUCACAUUUGAUGUGAAGAUCCACGAUCCCAGCUACUAUCUUAAUAACUCUGCCAUCUCCUACAAGUGGAACUUUGGAGAUGGAAGUGGCUUAUUUGUAGCCAGCAGUUCCACUACAUCUCACACCUACACUCUGCAAGGAAACUUCACUCUGAAUUUAACUGUCCAAGCCAUUAUACCUGUACCUUGCAGGCCAGUCACACCCACUGCACCACCGCUCACCUCAGCAGCAACGACCGGAACAUCUUCUAAUUCAGACUCUGCUACCACUGUCGAGUCAAUGGAAGAUAAUCCUGAUGGAGGUUGCCAUAUUUACAGAAAUGGAUACUACAGAACUGGUAUCUCUGUCGUAGAGGGAAUCCUUGAGGUAAAUAUUAUUCAGAUGACAAGCAUCCAGAUGACAGAAAGUCAAGCUGAAAACUCACUGGUUGACUUUGUUGUUACCUGCCAAGGGAGUCUCCCCACAGAUGUCUGCACAGUAGUUUCUGACCCCACAUGCCAGGUGUCCAAGAGCGUGGUAUGCAACCCCAUCAUCGUCACUGAUGAAUGCUUACUCACCAUCAGGAGAGCUUUUGAGGAACCUGGAACAUACUGUAUAAACAUCACCUUGGGGGAUGACACAAGUCAAGCCCUUGCCAGCGCGCUGAUUUCUGUAAAUGGAGGAUCAUCAUCAGGAACAACAGAAGGCGUCUUUAUCUUCCUUGGUUUGUUGGCAGUAUUUGCCGCCAUUGGGGCUUUUGUCCUUUACAAGAGAUACAAGCAAUACAAGCCUAUUGAGAGAAGCGCAGGACAAGCAGAGAACCAGGAGGGACUAACUGCUUACUUCAGCAAUUUCAAAGCAAUUUUCUACCCUAGUAGCACUGAGAGAAAUCCUCUGCUGAAGAGCAAACCAGGCAUUGUUUAA